AUGGGAACAUCUCCGAACAAUUUGAAGCGUCAGCCAGUUCGUAAUCGCUUGUACAAUGCCAUGUGCACAACACCAAACUAUAUUGGUUCUACCACAGAAGCUAGGGCGUACCCCAGAAGCGACGCACAUUGCCCUCGCCCGGGCAAUGUGGCAAAUAUGCGAAGGCUACCGGCUAGAGGACGGAGCCGGCCAAAGAAAAAUAGCGUCACAGCGGUGGAGCGACUAUCGGAUCUCUUGAUGGCUGUAAAAGUAGAUACAGGAGAAGUGGAAUUGCGAGUCGUAUCUGCUUAUGCGCCACAGAUGGGCUGUAGUGAAGAAGAGAAGGCGUGCUUUUGGGAAGAUCUGGAGCAAUACGUCCAAUCCCUGGAAGGCGAAGAAGUACUUCUAAUUGGAGGAGACUUCAACGGACAUGUCGGUUCUCUUAAAGACGGAUUCGACAGUUGUCAUGGCGGAUACGGUUUUGGAGCUCGCAACGACGACGGGUUGUGA